ACAAUUCAUUCGUCUCGUUCCUCCCCUCCCUACACCUCUACUCGUUUAUUCAUUCUUUGAAAUUCAUCAUUCACCACAGUGCAAUGCAAAUUUUAACUGGGAUAUAUUUUUGUUUCCUGAGUCGUAAUAGUUAAUUGAAAUAAGUGUUUUGAUUUCUUUUCCAAAAGUAAAUAUUGUUUUAUUAAAUCGUAUUAUUGAGUGUAAACAAAAUAUCAUGAUUUGAUUUCCGUAAAACACUGGUGCCUACUCCAUGUUGGCUGUGGAAAGUAAGCAAGCAAACCCCGCCUGUCGUCAGUGUCAAGCAAGCCAAAUAAUUGAGAAACAAUGACUAUAUUGUUUAUACUAUAAAAUGACGGAAAAGGGAUUUGAGGGUGAUCAGUCGUCAUCGUCAUGGGACAUCCCUGGUCCGUCGUCAUUAGCAGCUAUCCUAGACACAGUAUUUACGUCUGCAACAUCUGACAACCCUCCUAGAAGUGAAGAAAUGGAGUGUGACGCUUUAUUUGCCGAAAGUGAUGAUGAUGUUGAAGUAAUGCCAACAUCUUCUGAGGCCGCCCCAAUGGCUAGAAAUGUGACUCCGAAGCCAGUUUCUUCAAAUUAUGUGAAUUCCACUACUCCCACUCAACCUUAUGAAGUCAACUUGGCACCUCUGUCUCAUCCUAUGCCAUCCCAUACUCCUGUACCUGAAGAAUAUCAGCCCCUACCUGACAGUUCCAGCUCCCUAGGGUAUGUGUUAGGUGACAACUCUGAAGGUGUAACAGUAAAUGGUCUAAGGAGAUACCCAGAUAUAAAUAUUAGAUACCAACCAAAACCUAUGUCAAUUGAGCAAAGAGGAUAUUAUUACCCUAACUUUUAUCACAAUCCUGCAGGUGUCAGACCACCUCAAGAAUAUUCAUUUGCCCCAUAUCAUCCAAAUAAUGUAAUUGUGCUCAGUGAUGAUUCAAGCAGUGUGCCACAUCCUGUACCAUACAUAUUACCACCUAAUCGGCCUCACCUGGAAGGUGGUAAUCCACUAAGCACUGGAUAUGGUAGGCCAUAUCCUAAUCCAUACCCAUUACGUGCAGGGGAGACCAAUCACAUGCCUAAUAACUUGGAAAGGCCUAGUAGAAAACUAAAUAUUUCUCCCAGGAGGAGGCAAUCAAAAGAGAAUGAGAGUCACCCUAAUUUAAUAGAAGUAAGUUCAGAGGAAGAAGAUAAUGCUGCUGCACCAAGAAAAAGACAAUGUGAUAAUGGGGUCAGUCACCAACCACCUGCGGGUGCUGGUAAUAGCAAAGGAAACAGUAGCAGUGCCAAUGACUUGCCUCUAAGGGUUGAUAUCAAAAGAGAGCCAGGUGAACAAGCUGAUGUUGGUACUCAAGCUGGAGGCGACGCUAAUACCGGUAACAUACAGCAAGUGGAGCACAACUGUAACAGUCAGCGGCCUAGUGGGAGUUACCCUCAUGCACAGUCCGCACAUUACAACUGUUCACAAAAUCCACCAGUAAUUCAUAUCAAACAAGAAAACUCUGGUUGUGGAAUCCAUGACCGUGGUUGUGGUUGUAGGUCAAAUCAUUUACCAAAUUCAUGUUCACAUAUCCAUUUAAGCCAAAAUGAGUUACAUAGGCGUAAUUCUAGUCACUGUCACCACGCCAAUGGUCCUCACCAUCAUCAUCAUCGUCAUCAAAUACCAGCCUCUUGCUCACAUAAUUCAACAGCGCCACAAACAAAUCCUUCUACCUCCCAGAUAAAAGGGGAACCUGGUACACAAAAUAUUAAACAGGAGACUGAUUCUGUACAAGCACAAACACAAAGGCUGGGAGAUAAUCCAGUUCCUUCUGUGAUAUGCCCUGUCAAAUUAGAAAGAAGCAGUCUGGCUCGUGUUAAAGUAGAACCAGGGCCCCCAAGUCCUCCGAUGCCCAUGGAGGUAGAACAAAAUGUCUCUGUUAAGCGUGAAGGCCAAAAUGAAGAUAAUGCGAGAUGGUGUUGUGAUGGAGAUGCAGCAGAAGACAGAGGAGGUGAUGGUUCACCUCAGCCGGGCACUAGUGCAGGGAGAGCAUGUCAGACUCAACAACAAACUGGUGAAAGCAGACCUGCAAAUACUCAACAAGAUCAAGCUUCAGGACAAAAUGCAGUAUUAUCAGCGCCUGACCUGCAGCUAGAUUGGGUGUCAGAUUCAAGUUCUGAUGAUGAUGUGCAACUAUUGGAGGAGGAUUCUAAUCCACGUGUAGUGAUAGACCUGACGAGUUCCCCGGCGUCGCCGAGCGCCGCGCCGCGCCCCGCCGCGGACGCGCCGCGCGUGUACCCGCCAAUACUGCACCACAACACACAACCGCCGCAUGCGCAUCUUUUACGGAGCAGUGUGUAUCCGUCGCGCAGACUCCGCUGCAUGCUGCCGUGCCGCGGCUGCAGCUGCGCGCCGCCGCUGGCGCACCGCGCGGCGCACCCGCCGCAGCCGCCGCCCGCCACGCACACCGUGCUGCCGCACUCGCACCACACGCCGCUGCACGCGCACAUGGGUGACCGACGCCGCGACGUGACGAUAGCGCCGCCGUACCUGCUUCACGAACGACUGUGGCACCGACAACAACACAUGCUGGAAGUGCAGCGUCGCAGCAUGAUGGGAGACAUGAGCGGGGGCCUCGGCCUCAACCCGUACGCGGUGUCUCCGCCCACCGCCACCUUACUAGCAUUCCCAGAUGAGCUCGAGCCUCACGACUUGAGUUCCAAUCGUGCGCCUCAAGGGCUCGCGUCCGGAGUCUCCGCGCCUAUGAUGCUUGAGGGGCCACAUAUUCACCACCACAUGCACCACUACCUACAGAUGCAUCCGCCUCAUCUACAUAUCUCAAUCCAGCCCUCAGUAAUGCAAAGUUCGAACGCGGCGUUCGCAGCACAAAUGGUAGCCGUGGUGCGCGCCGCGUCGGCGGCCGAGGCUCGGCGAGCGGCGCACCGCGGCGCCAGCUCCGCCGUCAUCGAGAGGAACACCUACAGACACGCUUACGCCGCCCCCGCGCCGCACCACCAAGACGAAAAGUGUACCAUCUGCCUGUCCAUCUUCGAGGUUGACUCAGACUGCAGACGCCUUCCAUGCAUGCACCUGUUCCACAUGGAGUGUGUUGACCAGUGGCUAAGCACCAACAAGCACUGCCCCAUAUGCCGUGUCGACAUCGAGACUCAUCUCAACAAGGACGCCACGUUUUGAACAGAGGAACAAUUUCUCCUCGAGCUGUGGGGAGCUCAUGAUGGCUUGCUGCUGGAGUUCCAAGCUCUCUUGUUGAAGCUCGUGCGUCAACUGCUUCUGGGCAUUACAAGUCCUGACACAAAAAUACUGCCAAUAAUGUAUAUAAUUAUAUUA